AUGGCUGGAAAAAAUUCUGACCUUAGAGAGCUAAGGGAGCAAGUUCUCAUCGAUAUAAAACACAAUGGUAUCAAGGAGGCAGAAAUACAGGGCUACGCCAAUCUCGCUGGGGCGUAUCUAGAGCUUGGUGAUUUUAAACGAGCAAUGGACAACUUUCUACACAGUCUAAUUAUUGCCAAGCAAGAACACGCCAGAGUUUAUGAAGGUGAUGUGUACCACAUGCUUGGCCUUGCUUAUCUUCGCCUGGGUGAGUAUAAACGAGUUAUAACGUUCUUCUACCAAUCUCUUUUCAUCGCCAAAGAAAUGGGUGAGAGGGCUACAGAAGGAGACGUAGAAAUAGAUGAAAGGGCUGCAAAAAGAGACGUGUACGAAAAGCUUGGCAGUACUUAUCUUUGCUUCGGUGAUUAUAAACAAGCCAUAACGUACUUCUACCAAUCUCUAAUCAUUACAAAAGAAAUGGGUGAAAGGGCUUCAGAAGGAAACGUGUAUCACAGGCUUGGCGUCGCUUGUCGUUGUCUCGAUGAUUAUAAAGAGGCUACAGUAUACUUAAAACAAUCCCUAAUCAUUGCCAAAGAAACAACCAAUAGGGCUAAAGAAGCAGAAGUGUUCAACAAUCUCGGCCGCGCCUAUCAUGACAUCGGUGAAUAUACCCAAGCCAUAGCAUAUUUCAAGCAAUCUCUAAUCUUUAAAAAAGAAACAGGUGAUAGGGUUGGAGAACAAGUUGAGUCCUUCAAUCUCAGCCACACCUAUAGGGAUGUCGGUGGUUAUUCACAAGCCAUAACAUACUUAAGAAUUCUCUACUCAUUGCCAGAAAAGUUAAUGACAGGGUCCAUGAAGGAUUCACAAAGUAGAUCGUUGGCCAGUGUUAUGGGGGACUCAAAAAUAUUAAAUAAGCAGUGGAAUGUUACAUGGAAGGUCUUAAAAUUUCUCAAGAAGUAG